UAGAGAGCAGACACUCAUCUGCUGCCUGGCUUUACAGUGUAGACAUCACCGCUCUGACUGCCACUUUCUGUAAGAAAAUACACAGUAGCCACUUCUCCGACUUUAACACAGCUCAAGGCGCAUGCUCAGACUAACAGACGGUGCAGUUGUUUUAUUCGGGAAGUCAAAGACACUGAAAGGUUUUAAAGAUGACAACUUCAUGGAGUGACAGACUGCAGAACUAUGCAGACUUGCCUGCCAACAUGGACGGCCUGACAAUGAAAAAGUACAGAAGAGAGCCAUACCACAGAGUGUUUGUCAACAGAAGCUUGGCAAUGGAGAAGAUUAAAUGCUUUGGCUUUGAUAUGGAUUACACAUUAGCAGUGUACAAGUCACCAGAGUACGAGUCACUAGGUUUUGAGCUCACGGUGGAGCGGCUGGUUUCCAUCGGUUACCCUCAGGAGCUGCUCAGCUUCGUCUACGACCCAUCCUUUCCCACCAGAGGCCUUGUGUUUGACACCAUGUAUGGAAACCUGUUGAAGGUUGACGCCUAUGGUAAUAUCCUGGUCUGUGUCCAUGGAUUCAACUUCCUCCGAGGCCCCGAGAUCCGUGAACGGUACCCGAACAAGUUCAUCCAGAGAGACGAUACAGAGCGCUUUUAUAUCCUGAACACACUCUUCAACCUGCCAGAGACCUACCUCUUUGCUUGCCUGGUGGAUUUCUUCUCCAACUGUGACAGAUACACAAGCUGUGAAACUGGCUUCAAAAAUGGCGACCUCUUCAUGUCCUAUAAGAGCAUGUUCCAGGAUGUCCGCGACGCCGUCGACUGGGUCCACUUCAAGGGUACUCUGAAGGAGAAGACGGUUGAGAACCUGGAGAAGUAUGUAGUGAAAGAUGGGAAGCUGCCUCUCCUCCUCAGCCGAAUGAAUGAAGUUGCCAAGGUUUUCUUGGCUACCAACAGUGACUACAAAUACACUGAUAAAAUCAUGACCUACCUGUUUGACUUCCCUCAUGGCCCGAAGGCUGGUACCUCCCACCGGCCCUGGCAGUCCUACUUUGAUCUGAUCCUGGUGGACGCCAGGAAGCCGCUGUUCUUCGGAGAGGGUACGGUGCUGAGACAAGUCGACACGACAACAGGGCGUUUAAAGAUAGGAACAUACACAGGACCUCUGCAGCAUGGUAUAGUCUACUCUGGAGGUUCCUCCGACAUAGUGUGUGACCUGCUGGGGGCCAAGGGGAAGGACAUAGUCUACAUCGGGGACCAUAUCUUUGGAGACAUCCUCAAGUCCAAGAAACGUCAAGGCUGGAGGACGUUCCUGGUUAUACCCGAGCUGGCCCAGGAGCUGCACGUGUGGACCGAUAAGAGCUCGUUAUUCGAGGAGCUGCAGGGUCUGGACAUUUUCUUGGCAGAACUCUACAAACAUCUGGACAGCAGCAGCAACGAGAGGCCAGACAUCAGCACUAUUCAGAGAAGAGUCAAGAAAGUGACACACGACAUGGACAUGUGCUAUGGCAUGAUGGGUAGCCUCUUCCGCAGUGGCUCCAGACAGACCCUGUUCGCCUCUCAAGUGAUGCGUUACGCCGACUUGUACGCAGCCUCCUUCAUCAACCUGCUGUACUACCCCUUCAGCUACCUCUUCAGAGCCGCACACGUGCUGAUGCCCCACGAGUCGACGGUUGAACACGCCCACGUGGACAUGGACAUGGAGUCGCCGCUGGCCACACGCAACCGCACCCACUGCAGCGACUGCAAGGACCUGGAGUGCAAACGCAACCAGCUGACCCGCUCCUUCAGCGAGAUCAAGCCUCCCAACCUGUUCCCCCAGACUCCCCAGGAGAUCACUCACUGCCACGAUGAGGAUGACGAUGAGGAGGAAGAAGAAGAAGAAGAAGAAGAGGAGGAAGAGGAGGAGGAAUAAGCUGGACACCUGUUUUCCUGUUCCUGCCUUCUUGUGUUUCCCAUUAGAGUCAGGUAGUUAUCUCUCUGACAGGUAGGCAGGGACGAAAAACCUCUCCAGUGUGUGUUCAUAUAUCAAUGCUGUACACACACACACACACACACACACACACACACACUGGAGAUAUCUGAAGAAAGUUUAAAGGACCAGUAGCGAGAUGGAUCAUGUGACUGUCAGAAGACUGUAUGCAUGCUUGGUCCUCUAAAACCCAACUUCUCCUACCUUCAUUCUAAAAAAAACACUUUAUAGUUUUGAAUUGAUUUAAUUUGACCUCUGUAUUAUUUUUCCUGUGAGACAGAACAUCACACAUCACUUUUAAGACCUGCUGGUGGAUGAAAUAGAUGUAGUCACAUUUACACCUGCAUCCAUCAGAUACGGUCAGUAAAGUGUAGUUUCAAGCCUUGCUUAGUCAGUAUGCAAAAAAAAAAAAAAAAAAAUCAACAAAAAAAGAAAAACACGGUGAAAGUCACGGUGUCGCAAAAAGAUGCACAUGCUGUGUUAAAACAUUUUUUUUAUGCAACAUGGGAACAACGUUCAGUUUUUCAUCUGUUUAGUUUGGUUUUGUCAGUUUUCUUGUCAUUAUAGACGAGUGAUUUGCUCUAACUUGUACGUCAGGGUGUGUGUUUCUGUGUGUGCCCACGUAGACUCACUCAGACUGCAGCAUGCUGAGUGACGGUAAGCUGAGGGUCCGCUGUACCAAACUGAAGCACAGGAGCACUGAAGCACAAGCUGGCGUUAAACCAGUGGAUAACCAGAAGCAUUGUUUUUGUUUGAGGUUCGGCUGAGGGGAACAAGUUGUGGCUCUUGAACUGAUAUUUUGUUACUAAGCAACAAUGAGGACAAAGCACUGUAAACAUAUUUUAUGCCGAUAGACACAGCCCAGAGCUGUAGGAGUGUUUCUGUAAAUAGGUAUCAGGUGAAUGGUUUAACGCCAGGAACAGCUAACAUGCAGUAUUUUCUCCACUUGGUUAUUUAGGAAGAUGAAGCCUGAGUGUUGCUAUUCGACUGUUUCAGACAGUUUUAUUUCGGCAGGGGGGACAGACAGUUUUGGUCGGUUCGAGAUGUGUGACGUGAUCUUCGUCAAGUGUAGGAGCCUGAAAGUGGCCUCAGUACCCAAGGUAGUGAGGCUUUUCCAGGCGUACAGCAUAAGGCUCAGCUCUGUAGGUCUGCUUCAGACUGCGACAAGCUUGCUUCCUUUAUCUCCUCUGUUUUGGAGCUUUGUUGGCCGUUAGUUUCAUCUGCUGACCUCGAAUCGUUGGCGUCGUACUCUGGGGGAAUUGUGUCAGGGAGCGUGUGGUUGAGUGUGCGCAGUAUUGUUGUCUCUGGCCUCUGAACACUGUGAAGUGACCAUUUCAAUAUCGUGUUGGUUCCAGCUGCGAUUAUCAGAACUGGGUGAAAAUCGCUGAGUUUAAGCACUUGACUUAAAACAACCGUGUUAAAUUCGAAGUCCCAGAAAACUUGACAACAAAAAGUGUUUCUUUAUAACACCGACUAAUCAGGACUAAAUAAGCAACAUGAUACUUGAUAUCACACCUUGAGGUAUUAUUUAUUAAGAGUUUAACUCUCAGAAACUAAUACACUUAGUUAGGACUCUGUGUUUGUGGUGGUUUUUGCAUGUCCUGUGCAAAAAACAAACAAACAACCUGAGUUGAAACGCCAGAAAAAAAUGUUGAAAUAUCCUAAAAAGGUUUAUUUGCUUGGCUUAGGUGGAAGGUUGAUGUACCAAUAACAAGAGAAUGGGACAAAGUGCAGCGGACAGACAUUAAGAAUAAAUCAUUAUGUAUAUGUGACUAAAACCUCCACCGAAGAGAAUAAAAACAGACAAAAAUAUGUGAUCCAUGAGGAGCAGAGAGGAAACUGUGAUCUUUGUGAAAUUAAUGCAUGAAAAAAAAAAGGGCACAUUUUUGUGUUCAGUUUGGAUGGAAAUUUGGCUAGUGGGCAAACAACACACCAACAGUCAUCAGCUUUUAAUUGAAAUGUGUCUGAAUCCUGAUUGGUAAACAGAGACACAUGAUGACAGCUUUUUCCAACGAAGCCCCGCCCACUUGAAACUGGUGAGAAGAGCACAGAGAAAAACCCGAACUCACAUCCCCGAUCUGUCCAAACGCAUCAGCAUUAGUCAGCACAACACAGAGAGAGAGGCCUGAAUUUGUUUUUUUUUAACUUUCCUCACCUUUCUGUUUGGUGUUGACAUGUCCUAUCAGUCCUGUAAGUGUCGGACUGGCCUGUUGAUUUAGGCCACAAAAGGGAAGGAACAUGCCGUCUGCUUUUUGCAUCGUUUUUGGUUUGGCUUGAUGUGGUGUGGAGAAAGGUGAAUGUGUUUAACUGCUACUAAUAUGUGAUGAUUCACUGAAUUAAACCUUGUAGGAUAUUAAGAAACAUACUAGGAGAUGUUUAUCUAUUAUUCUUUUCUUUUCUUUUUACAAAUGUAAUGUUUGUAUUCUCACUUUUGAUUUUGUUUCUUGAACAGAGACAGCGGAUAUGCUACAUGAGGCAGCUGCAUUGCUAAUAGGAAACGGUUGGCUGUCUUUUCUUUGCAUAAUUUGCAUAUGCAUGUGAAAAUAACAAGCAUAUCCCUUCUGCCAAGGCGGUUAUGGUAGCAGUGGUUUCACUUCUCUGUGGUCUGCAUCAUUUAAAGGAAAAGCUUUUUUUGACAUUUGUCAUUGUAGUUUACGCAGGGACAAAAAACACCCUGCAAACCUGUUGAAAAAAAAGGAAAAACUUACAAUGAAGGGAAAUGUGAACAGCAUGUCAAGUACCGUAACAAAAAUGUUCCUUGUAUUCAGCCAUGGGGUUAUUUUUAUUUUUCUAAGAUAGUGUUUUUAAAUGGUCCUGGUUUACAGAACUGUAUAUAGACAUUUCCAUUUCCUUUUCUUCUCGUUUUUUUUCCAAAUAAUUUUUUUUUUUGGGUGAACUUUUAUACAGUACCACAGAAGUCUGUCGCUCAGACUUUGGCCUAACUGAAGGCUGGUGAGCAGGUGACAGUGCUUUAGAAGAUUUUUAUCCAUUGUUGUGAUGCCCACAAUGCAUCCGCAUUAACACCAGGUGCCAAAACAGUCACCUUUCAUUUUUUAAUCUCUAAUAAUCUUUUGUUUUUAUGCAUAUCAGUUCAUGUUCUCCCAAACAGUGUUUCGUUUGUUUGUUUCCAGAAAUUAUCCUACAGACUGUACAUUGAAGUAAAUUACAUAAAAAAUGUAGAAUAAAGAUAGUUUUUCAUAA